AUUUUAAGUUUGAAAAUUUUGUGCGAUUUUAAAUUUCAAAAUUGUGUGAGCAAAAUCCGAAGAUGUCAAAGUCAAUGCGGAAUGUGCGCACCCGAUAUGAAUUCGAAGCGUAUUAAAUACACAACGCUGUCCAGCCCGACAGAUGCCCCGUCCAAGGAGGAAAUUGUGCCAGUUAUCAUACAACAUGAAACAGAGGAUGUAGAUGGUAGUGGGGAGUCGACACAGUAUACAUAUGCCUAUACGACCAACGAGGAUGACGACACGGAAACGGCUGUGGUGACGCUCAGCGACCGAGAUCACGAGGCACUGGCUAAUGCCCAGGAGGUGAUCAUCGAUGAGAACGGGCACGCAGUCACGCUGCAGCAGCUGGUGGAGAACAGCACUGUAGAGGAGGUGGAGACAAUUGAGCAGGGCGAUGGCACACAUACCAUAUUGCACAUUGUGCCUAAUAUGGAGGACGAUGCCGACGAUGAGGAUGAGGAUGAAGAUGGGGAGGCCAUUGAACACGAUGAGGAUGAAAUUGUGGGUGUGGAGCAUGAGGAAGGCGAGGAGCCAGACGACGAGGAAGAUGAAAUGGGCUCAAUCGUCUUCGAAGGCAUUGAUCACAGUCCCGAAUCGGAUUCACAGUCACGCAAUAAAACUUUCUACUGUCCCAAUUGUGGCAAUUGCUAUAGCGCAGCCGGCUCUUUAAAGCUUCACAUGCGCGCCUGCUUGCGCCAGCGCAACGAGGUCUCUGCCGAGGAUCGCAAGUGCAAGGUGUGCAGCAAAAUUUUCAAUUCGGUAGCCUAUCUCAAGGAGCAUAUGAUGCGGCACACAGGCGAACAGCCAUUUCGCUGCACUCGCUGCUACCGCAAGUUCGUCGACGAGGCCAAAUAUAAUACGCACAUGGACUCGCACAAGCAUCAGGACAAACUAGAGGCCGAGGCAGAGGCACUGGCCGCUCAGCAUGGUGGCAAGAAGGUUGUCGUCAAGGAGUUCACCUGCUCUUUCUGCUCACAAAACUUCACUGUCGUUUUCGAUGUGGGACAGGUGAAACGGCGCUAUGCCUGCGACGCCUGCCGCGACAAAUACUCAAAUGCCGAAGCACUGCGCAAGCACAAACAGCAGGUGGAGGAGAAGCGCGAAUUCAGCUGCGAACGUUGCGGUCGCAAAUUCGUCUUUGAAGGUUUCCUCCAACGCCAUCUGCCCACCUGCGAUGGCAGCAUCAAGCGACGCCGCGACAUGAAGUAGAGGUGGCAGCAACGUGAUGGCAGUUGGCGGCGCAGGCGCAAAAGAUCUGACAAAGCACUCGAAUGUGAUUUAGAAGAGCAGCAGCAGCUGGAAGAGGAGCAAGAGCAGGAUGAGGAACAAGUGCUAAUAUCGCCACCAAUGCGUUACGUUGUUAUAAAACAAGAGGAGCUUGAGGAGCUGGAGGAAGACGUCGAGGAUCAGUCCUAGAGGCUGGCCAAUGAAAUUGAAAACUUUGAUUACAUACACACACACACACACGAUUUCUUUCUUUAACACACAGACAGAGACAGAGGGAGGAGCUAUAGUUAAAUACUAGCUUUUAGGCAGUCCAAUGCGUUUCCAGCUGGCAAUAUAAUUAUACACACACACACACACACCUUUACGCUCUUUUCAUUCUUGCAUAGCUGGGGCCCACAAUACAUAUAUAUAUAUAUAUAAGCUAUGUCGACGAGCAGUUAAUCUAACUUUAUAUAUAUAUAUGAAUAUAUAUUUUUUUUUUAACUAUGUAAUAAUUAUAAGAAUUUGUUAUGGGAGAAAUGUCGAGGCAUACAUAUACAUAGACCUGUGGAUACUUCGCGUUCCAUCGUGUCCGGCGAUCUGUACUCUCCAUCUGGAUCACAUCUUCACUGAUUAUAGCCCAUUGCGUGCGAACCCCUCUAGAGAAUAUGCAACACCUAAAUUCAUUGAAAUUUAGUUCAAUAAAUAACAAAAACAAAAGAGAAAGAAACAACAUGAAACAUAAAGCAACAAGCAAUCUUUCUACAUCCUUGCAGAGGUUAUAACAAUAUAUUUUUUAUAUCAAAACUAACUGAAUGUACCAUAUUCGAGUCAAUAGAGAACUGUCCGUCCGCUCGCAUGGUUCCAUGCCAUUUUGAUUCCUAUUCUUAAUCAAUGUUCAGAUUUUCCAAUUCAAUGCACACAACUAUCGGAAUCGUAAUACUAUAUAAUUAUAUAGUCAUGUCUGUUCUUUUAACUUUCCCAUUUAUAAAAUACAUAUUUAUCAACGUCGAACUCUUUUGUCAGUGCAAAAUUACACAGAUCUGCUCCGCUUCAAGGAUAUUUUAAGAAUACAAACAUCAUAUAAAGCCCAACGAAAGUAAU